AUGCCUUUCUAUAAUCCAAUAUUUGCAAAUGAAUUCUUUACUCGUUUCAAUUUCAAGCCUAGAAUAACUUUUAAUAACGGCUUUGCUCCCACAAUACACACAAUGUCAACCAAACCGUUAAUUCGCACACAAACAAUACCAUCAUCACGAGAACUUAUGGAUGUUUUAAAGAGCCACAAUGACUCCAACAAAUCAACUGAAAGCUCUAGCCCAAAAAUUUACAACAAUAAACAUCAUUUGCGAGGGAAACCAACUACACUACAUCAUCUACCAGGUCAACGGAACCAAAAGGACGAAGGACAAUCAACACAUUCGACCCAGCGGGAUAAGUUCAAAAAACCCGAACUCACAAAACUAGUACAAUAUAGGGCACUCGAAGAUCAAACAACAUUUAAUGACUCCACGACGAUCCACCCUACUAACAAAAUGAAUCAAAAUGAUCACACGCAACUUAAAUAUAGGUUCACCAGAAAUAAUCAUAACGACCUCCUGAAGUCAAGCGCCAUCCAAACUGAUAAAUACCUUACAGGUACAAGUACGAAAAGAUAUUUCACGACCAGACCAAUUAAAAAACUAAAGGACACUAUACAGGCUCCAGCUUCAUCCCAUAUUAGAGAUAAACAGACGAAAUCCUUACUUCUCACGCAAAACAGCGCUGAAAUUAAUCUCAGGAAAGCUUACGACAAGAUCAAAUUUUCGUGUGACACAAACAACCCCGGUUCGGCCCUUAUAGCAUGGCUCGAAAUUAAAGACUUACCUACUCGAAAGUUCAAGCACGACCCACUGAUAAUAUACAAAUUGAUUCGCCUUUUUACAAACAACAAAGCCUACAGGAAACAUUGUUCAAAUUUACUUGAGAAUAUUGAUCCAAAAUUGUACACAAACCACGCGAAGCUACUACCUGCCAUGAUACUUUUCUCAGUUCAAACAAAAGACGUGUCACUAGCCAAAAAGCUUUUAGGAGAAUUCAACGAAAUAUCAGACUCUACAAACAACAAGCUUUUCACUUCAAGGUUCUUUCUAUCCACUAUUCUCAAGAUGCAUUUAACUUUCAAUGAUACCGAAGGGGUAAAUGACGACUUAAAGAAAAUAGUUGAUAUCCACGGCUCCUUGUCUUCUUCCGACUACCAAGCAAUAAUAAGACAUCUUCUUUCGACUGGGAAAACACAAGACUUCAAUGAUGCUCUAAAACUAUUAAACACUAUCCCACAGCAAAAGAAGUUACUUGCGAUAACCUCUCUCAUAAUCGCAGUGACAAAGAAAUUGCAACAAAACAGCUCUCCUUAUGGAAAUUUAGCAAAAACGCUCGACCAUAUUUUAAGAGAGGCGCAUUCGCUCGACUCCCUCCAUAGACACUCUUUAUGGGACGUUCUCGCAGCCCAAUACCUCAAGUACGUUCUAACAAACAAAUUUAAGUUAGAAAAUACAACUAAGGUUUCAAACAAUGCCCUACAAGACAGUAUUCUGGAUUAUGCAAAAUAUCUGUAUGUCAACUCUCUUCAAACGCAAACGCAAAAUUCAACGGUAAAUCCUUUCAAUUCUUCAGCGCCCCAAAAUAUAAGGCUCAAGUUGACAAAAAAAAACAGUUUAACAAUUCUCAGAAUCAUCGCCUUGGAAUCACUCAAGCAGAAGAGAAGCGACAUAUUUUCGUGGUGUACUCAGCAAAUGAAACGCCACGGCACCAACCAAAGAGAACUCAAAUUCCAGUUUAAUAUGAUUUACAAACAUCAGUUUCGUUUCAACAAAUAUGACACCAUGGAAGAGCUCGACAAACAACUGAGAUUUCAUUCAAAUAAAGAUAUUGGCAAGUUUAUAAAUAAACCCAAACCAAAUAUAUAG